CAGCUUUCAAAAUUUUUACUUUCAUUUUGUGAAAUCAAAUAGUUUCGAUUGAAGUCGAUGUUUAGCUUUGAAAUCAUUCAUGGCAGAGCAGGAAAGAUGGAAUUGUACCCCUGUAUAUUCGAACAGAACAACCGAGGAUAGGAGAUCAUAAUUAUCAUGAAUUCAGUCCCAGUUUACAGCAUUGGUAACUCUCAAGAAUUUGCAAACAUGAGUAAUAUUUCCGAUUCUACAUUGACUCCCACCAUGCCAACUAUGGGCAAUUCUUCCAAUAUAUACCUUUAUAAGGACCUGGACCUGCCACAGCGUGUCGUCCUUUCUAUCAUACUACUCAUCACGAGCAUAACAGGAAUAGUAGGGAACUCUGUGGUGAUCCUCGCCAUAGUUCUAUCUCGUAAGCUAAGAUCGACCCUCAACUGGUUUGUCCUGAAUCUCGCGUGUGCAGAUCUAGUAACGUCACUCUGCAUACCUCUGCAUGUCGUGGAUCUCCUUGGCCGGAUGGGCUGGGUCAAACUGAACUGGUUCCAACUAAGCUGGCAAUACAGCAGUUGGUUUUACAUUAAUACGACCUGUGUUGGUGUCAGCCUUACUACACACGCUUUGAUCGGGUUCACCAGUUGGUAUCGCAUCACCAAAAGUCAAGAUAAGUUCAAGAAGCUGUACAAGGCUCGUAAUGUUGGCCUCAUGAUUACGUUUGGAUGGAUAUUCAAUUUGGCCUCGCUCUGUUUGAUUGUUAAACUAGACGACAAAGCAGUUGUCUAUCCAAUUGCAUUUUGGGUCUUCGGCCACUUUGCAAUCGUGGUUGCGGUGUACAUAAGGUUAUGGAGAUUUGUUGCACGCCAUGCAGAGAAGCAGAAGUCAAGAAAUGACGUCAAUACAAACAGACAGAACAUGACCACUACGUGCCCUGAUGGCAACACCAGCCAUGAAGGUUUGAGCGUAUCCAAUUCAUCCGAGCAUUUAGGAAGUCAUGUAAACGAUGUGACGAAUGGCAGCGGAAUGGCUGUUGCAUCUGACCAACUGGAGAUCCAUGACCAGGGUGGAAAGACGAUGCAGCUAUCUCAAUCUCUAUCAGAAAAGGGCAUCACAGCUGAAUCGACUGAAGGAAGAAGGAAGGUACUCUUGCGAGGGUCGGAAAUAAAAGAAAUAAAUUCACAUGUCAAGAAACAGGCAGAACCGAAAAUUGACAAGAAACUCAUUGCUGUCACCAAAAAUCUAAUGGUUAUCCUCGUUGCUUUUACUAUUUGCUUCAUUCCUUACGCUGUAAGUUUAUGUUCAUCCAGUUUCCACAGUGCUCUUCCUUGGCUUCUAGCCCUUCUGUUGUUUAAUAGCUGUAUGAACCCUAUCAUCUAUGCCAGAAGGAUCCAAACAUUUAGGGAGGUUAUGGUAUGCAUCAUACGAUGUAGACUUGGAAGCAUUCCCUUGCCCAUUGAAUUGGUAAGGAAAUUAAGAACAAGUAGAUAAAAUCAUUUCUUCAAAGCGUGGUAAAACCGUUUUCGGCACUGAAGUGGCAUCUCUAGGUAAAAUAGGAUUUUCUUAUUCUUCCCUCCUUGUCCUUCUUCUUUUCCUCUUCCUCUUCUUUCUCCUCAUUCUUUCCUUUCAU